UGUCAGAUCAGCUUCUAGUCUAGUCCAAAUAAUUAUAGGGGUCUCAUUUGGGUUAUGAUCCUGGAUCCUGUCUACUGUAUUGUCAGAUUCCUGUAUCCUGCUUGCACUAUCAUGACUAAGCAUGUUUAGUACCAAGGAACAGUUAGACAAAAGAACAGGACCUUAUGGUAUUGGAAGACUAAGUUAUUUACAGUCUCUUGUCACAGAAUAUCAAGACACAAACAGCCUUGAAUCAAAGCAGCAAGUGUUAGCAAACUUGGCAAAUUUUGCAUAUGACCCAGUGAACUAUGAUUACUUCAGAACAUUGAAUGUCCUUGAUCUAUUUCUAGAUGCUAUUGAGGAAACAGAUGACCAACUGGUAGAAUUUGCAGUGGGAGGUAUAUGUAAUUGCUGUUUAGAUAAAGAGAACAAGGAAUAUAUCCUGAAGAAUAAUGGUGUUCAACUGGUUAUUAAAUGCUUAUCAAGUUCGAAUGAAGAAACUGUAUUGUCAGCUAUCACAACUCUGAUGUAUCUGACUACGCCUAAUUCUAAAACAGAAAUAUGCAGUGUACCCGUUGUGGAAUGUAUGCUGAGAUUUAGUCAAGCUUCCAACAAAAGAAUUGGUAAUCUAGCAGAGGUAUUUUUACAGGAUUAUUGUACCCAUCAACAAAAAAGUGAAGCUCUGAAGAUACAAGCACAAUUCAGUAAUCAAGUAAAUACAACUUGACCUUUAUACUAAAAGUAAAGCUCUGAAGAUACAAGCACAAUUCAGUAUUUAAGAAAAUACCACUUGACCUUUGUACGAAAGUUCUUUGCAUUAAAGUACCAAAAGCAAAUUAAUUAUAAACUAUGAAGUCAGUCAAUGAUUGAAUCAUGUAUGUAGCUGCACAGAAAAAACAACAUUCUGUGGAGAGAAGACUGAACAUGGGGAAAAUGUCAGUGAACUAAUGUGCAAUAUAUGAUUUUUAUUCUAAUAAAAAUAUGUAUAUUGAAAUAUU